AUGGUCAAGCACCAGCUGCCCGAGUCUCCCGACCCUUCUGGCAACUCUCCUUCGGCCAGUCCCAGCCCCAGUCCCCCUCCUCCGAAGAAGUCCCGGGGCAACAAGGGUGCCCCCAAAGCCAAGGGACCCACCAAAGCCGGCAUCAAGCCCAAGAUCUGGGACACAGCCCAAACCAUCACCCUCCUCGAGGCUGUCUUCGAUGCCGCGUCCAAGACGAUUGACAAGGAGGCACUCGCUACGCAACUGGGGGUGAGCAAGCAGUCGGUCGGCGACCAGCUUGUCAAGAACCGCAACAACCUGCGCAAGCUCGCCAUCGACCUUGUGCGUGCGAAGAAGGGCGGCGCGUGA